AUGUCUAAAGCACCAGAAGAAAAAAUGUUUGGUAUACCUUUAAAAUAUGUUAGUUUAAUAACUCUGUGUAUUCAGAAUAGUGCAUUGGUUAUUGUGAUGAGAUAUUCCAGACUUAACGAAGACAAGUCAGCACUAUAUUUCACGUCGACAGCUGUAUUCUUAUCAGAACUAUCAAAACUUAUCAUAUGUUCUUACGUGGCGUUGAACAAUCAAUUUCAAGAAAAGGGCAAAUGGAGUGUCAAAGAGUUGUAUAACGAGGUGUUUGCACCUGACGCUUGGAAAUUGUCAAUACCAGCAAUCUUAUACACUAUCCAAAACAAUUUGCAAUACAUUGCUGUCAGUUUAUUAGACGCGGCAACCUUCCAAGUCACAUAUCAAUUAAAAAUUUUGACCACAGCAUUAUGUUCAGUGAUAAUGUUGGGUACUUCACUAAACGGGGUUAAAUGGUUUUCUUUGUUUUUGUUAACGUUUGGAGUUGCGUUGGUACAAUUCAGAGAUGAUAGUGAUUCGGCGUCCAAGGAAGAUGAAGAUGCGAUAGUUGAAAGAAUUUUGGGAUUGAUGGCGGUGGCAGUUGCGUGUGUAAUUUCAGGUAUAGCAGGAGUAUACUUUGAAAAAGUGUUGAAAAAAGAUCCAAAGGCCCCAGCUUCAAAGGCCCCAGUUUCAAUUUGGGUACGUAAUGUGCAACUAUCAUUUUUUUCGUUAUUCCCCGCGUUGAUACUUGGAGUUUGGUGGAAAGAUGGUGAUGGCGUAUGGGAAAAAGGGUUCUUUUAUGGUUAUAAUAUAACUGUUGUGGGCGCUAUAGCAUGUCAAGCAAUUGGUGGAAUAAUAGUAGCAAUAGUGGUGAAAUAUGCAGAUAACAUUCUCAAAGGAUUUGCGACCUCGAUUUCUAUAAUUUUAUCAUUCCUGGCAUCUGUCUAUUUAUUCGAUUUCAUUGUCACUUCCACGUUCUUGGUCGGUUCAACAUUUGUUUUAAUUUCCACUUACUUGUACAGUAAAGAUCCUAAAAAAGAAACCCCAACAACUAUUUCAUUAACACCCACCAAUACUGGCAAUAAUAACGACAAAAAUAAUGACACUGUGAUUCCUAUUAUUUCCAAUGAAAAAAUUAAUGAUAAUAAUAACAAUACUGAAGAUUAUGGAUAUGAUUAUUCAAACAGAGAAACUAAUCCUAAUGGUUAUGCACCACUAAAUAAUACCGAUAGUACUAGUACACAAUUUUCAAAGUAG